UUGAUUUCGGUAGUUAUCCGAACAAAUUUCUAGGUUUCAGAUGGCUCUUAAAAGUUUAAAGUGCGUUGUACUUGGAGACGGUACGGUUGGUAAAACGUGCUUGCUUAUGCGAUAUACCACGGAUGAAUUUCUGUCAGAUUAUGUACCUACAGUUUUUGAAAAUUACGCCGCCAGCACUCUGGUAGGAGAUGAAGUGUACGACGUCCAUUUAUUUGAUACGGCGGGACAAGAAGCUUACAAUCAUCUAAGAAAACUUACGUUGGAGCAGGCUGACGUAAUUGUCGUGUGUUUUUCGGUAGAUCUAUGGAACUCUUUUAUAAAUGUUAAAGAAAAGUGGAUUCCAGAGUUGCAAGAGCAUUACUCUAAAAUACCUUUCAUGGUUGUUGGAACCAAAAUUGAUCUUCGAUUUGAUACGGACACAAUAGAAAAAUUGACAGCGCAAGGCCGAAAACCCAUUACAAAGGAAGAGGGAGAGGUAUUAGCAAAAGAGUUAAGCGCAAACGCCUAUUUAGAGUGUUCGGCUCUUACACGGGAAAAUGUAGAUUCUGUGUUUAAAGAAGCUCUGCAAAUUGCCGUUUCACAAAGAGAGAUUGCAACACCAAAGGAGGAAAAUGGUAAAAAAUGUUCGCCUUGUUGUGGUAUUACCAAUCGGUUGCAUAGUAUGUGUACUUUAAUGUAAAGGUUAUUGAGGCAAUACUAAUUGUAAAGCGUU